GAGUCAGUGAGAGAUAGGAGUGGAGAAGGAGCUCUAAACAUUUUAGCCUGGAGGCUGGACCAGAGGAGGGAUAUCCCUGACUUUGUGCCUUUUUCAAGCUUUUUUUUUUUUUUUUACUGUGUGUGUGUGUUCGGAGCUGUGCCCUGUGGUUCCUCUGUGGACGUGGGAGGUACUAGCAGGAAUGAUGCAAAGUUAGACAAAUCAGAGGCAGGGGUAGGGGUGUACAGACCGAGGAAGACAGAGUGAGAGGGAAAAAGCCAAACUGCUCUGGAGGGAAAGGAACCAUGCAAGUGGAUGCUGUCUUCUGUGGGGUCAGGUUUCGCAAAAUGAGGAACUACUCCAAGAGCACUUCAUCAGGGCUCACCCAGCUCAGAGAGGAUGCCAGCUGCUAGCACCAUGACCGGUGGGAGGGCCCUGCUGCUCUGUACAAACACUGACAACUGUAUCUACCAAUCAGUCAACGGGCUCCAGUGCUGUGGCUUGAAGGUCGGGGAGGCUCCGUCAUCCGCGGUGCCCCAGCCCCAAGAGGUGUGUGGGUCACCAGGGGUCACAGACAGGAGGGGCGCCACCGUGUCCAUCAAGCGUCCCCUGUCCCCUCUGCUCAGCCUGAGCGACAGCCCAGGUCCUCCCGACACCAUGCUGGCCCAGAGGAGAACCACCGCCGCCGCCGCCGACCCGCGGACUCCCAGCAUGGAGAACGGGCUGUCCAGUAAGCUGAACCACAACAAGAGCCCAGCAGGAGCCAAGUCUGCCAGCAUCCGUGAUAAGAUAUCACAAUGGGAGGGCAAAAAAGAGCCUGCCCCAGCAACUAUCACGGAGACGUGUCCGCUAAGUUCAACGCAGAAGGAAGUCGAGAUAGUGAGGAAAAAGGAAUCUAAGGCUUCAGAAGUCCAAAGGGCAGACAGCAAAAGGUUUGUCAGCUGGGACAGACAAGACUCAGGGAAGGAGAAUGUUGGAAAGCUGGGGGAUCUGAGGACAAAAUCUCCAGAGGGCCCAACAAACAAAGACAGAGAAGUAAUCCUAGAGCGAGGGUUUCGGGCCUCCAAGCCAACCGAACAACCUAAAGACAAAAAAACAGUCUUAACCCAUGUUAAGAAACUGGAGAAAGCAACGAUGGAGGUUCCUGACAGGCCUUCGCUGGCAUUUCCAGGGAAUUACUUCUGCCCUCCUUCGAAGGAGGAACUGGAGGAGAACGAGAAGAGGGCCAACGAGCCCAUCUUUGGGACCUUUGACCUGACUCGACCGAGCGGGUCGUGGAGGAGGAGGGAAGGGGAUUCGGAGAACGUGUACAGUGAGCCGGGUGCGCCGUCUAUAAACCCUCUACCGAAACCUCAAAGAACCUUCCAGCACCACACGCCGCCCGCCACCCCAACGUCAGGGCCUUCGUCGGGAAAAGGAAAGAGGAACUUGCCUCCUUUGCCUUCCAUUCCUCCUCCGCCGUUACCCACGUGCCCACCACCGGGAGUUUGCAGGAGACCCUGGGCUGACAAAGCUCGCGACAACAUUAACAGGAAGUCCUACGAGUUUGAGGAUCUGCUACAGUCGUCCACAGAAAGCUGCGGGGUGGACUGGUACGCUCAGUCGAGACUGGGCUUAACACGCACUUUAUCAGAGGAGAAUGUAUACGAGGACAUUAUAGAUCCUCCAUCCAAGGAGAACCCCUACGAAGAUAUAGAGUUGGAGAGAAGUUGUUUAGGAAACAAAUGUGCUUCACCUGCGUCCUCGUCUCCUGUCCCCGAGACUCCGACUAAGUUCUCCUCCAAGCCUGGCUUCUUCAGACAAAGCUCAGAGCGACGCAGCUUAAAAGUAACGGAAUUGCGCAAGACCAACAGAGACGCUGGCAUCUCCUCGCCUUCCCGCGUCAGCCCCCCCUCCACGCCCAGCAGCCCCGACGACACCCCCUGUCUCUCCGGGGACCCGUACAAUCGCAGACGAAGGAAAAUCCCCAAGAUGGUGCUGAAAAUCAAUGGCAUCUUUGAGGCACGGCGAGGGAAGAAACGCAUGAAGAGGGUGUCUCAGUCUACCGAGUCCAGCUCAGGGCGAGUGACAGACGAGAACAGUGAGUCAGAAAGCGACACAGAAGAGAAACUAAAAGCUCACAGCCAGCGGCUGGUGUCGGUCCAGUCCAUGCUGAGGCAGACGGGGAGGUACCGGACCUUGGAGAGGGAUCUGAUGGACUUGCAGGAGAGGAAACUCUUCGAGUAUUUUAUAGUUGUUGCGCUUCACAAGACCAAGGCUGGAGUUCCAUACCUGCCAGAAGUCACGCAGCAGUUCCCUCUCAAGCUUGAGAGGAGCUUUAAGUUCAUGCGGGAGACCGAGGACCAGCUGAAGGUCAUCCCUCAGUUCUGUUUCCCCGACGCCAAGGACUGGGCGCCUGUCGACAACUUCCCCAGUGAGACGUUCUCAUUUGUACUCACUGGUGAAGAUGGAAGCAGGCGGUUCGGCUACUGUCGCCGUUUACUGCCCAGUGGUAAAGGCCGAAGGCUCCCUGAGGUCUACUGUAUCGUCAGCCGCCUGGGAUGCUUCGACCUCUUCUCCAAGAUCCUGGACGAAGUGGAAAAGAGGAGGGCUAUCUCCCCUGCUCUGGUGCAACCUUUCAUGCGAGGCAUCAUGGAGGCUCCUUUCCCAGCUCCAGGAAGGACCAUCACUGUCAAAAACUUCCUGCCUGGUUCUGGGACGGAGGUGAUAGAGCUGUGUCGACCGUCGGAUUCCCGCCUGGAACACGUGGACUUUGAAUGUCUCUUCUCCUCCUUGAGUUUACGACUGCUCCUCCGAGUCUUUGCCUCUCUGCUGCUGGAGCGCAGAGUCAUCUUCACCGCUGACAAACUCAGCACGCUGUCUCAGUGCUGUCAUGCAGUAGUGGCUCUCCUCUAUCCCUUCACCUGGCAGCACACAUACAUCCCCGUGCUCCCUCCUUCCAUGUUGGACAUAGUCUGCACCCCGACUCCUUUUAUAGUGGGCCUCCUCUCCAGCUCUCUACCUCGACUCAAAGAGCUGCCCAUAGAAGAGGUCCUGGUGGUCGACCUCGGCAACAGUCGCUUCCUGAGACAGCUGGAUGACGAGGACUCCAUUCUUCCUCAUAAGCUACAGGCAGCACUUGAGCAUGUGUUGGACAAGAGGAGGGAGCUGGCCUGUGAGAAAGGAGAUCUGCCAAAUGACUCCAGCUCCCUCAGCACGGUGGUGUCAGAGGCCUUUGUGCGUUUCUUCGUAGAGAUGGUCGGUCACUACUCCCUCUUCAUGGGUGGAACGGAGCGGGAGGAUGAGUCAGUGACGUCCCCCACGCUUCCCAGCCCCUCCUCAUCCCAGUCCUCAUCCUUUCAGCGUGAUGCAUUUCGCAAAGCCGUCACCUCCAAGAGCCUGAGAAGGUUUCUGGAGGUGUUCAUGGAGACCCAGAUGUUCACCGGCUUCAUCCAGGAGAGGGAGCUGCGCAGGCAGGGCCUCAGAGGUCUCUUCGAGAUGAGAGCACAAGAGUAUCUGGACUCACUGCCUGGGAGCGAACAGAGAGGGGUCAACAAGUUCCUCAAGGGCUUAGGAAACAAGAUGAAAUUCCUUUCCAAGAAAUGAGACUGGGAGUCAAGCUGGCAUCAGUGAAUUCAGAAAAGAAGACGACAUGUUCCCCGGAGAACAUACUAAAGGAGAUAUGUGUCUUAAGGCUAGGGUAAAGGAAGACCCCUUAAAGUGGACUGGACUCAUACUUUGUGAACAUGAGGGAAUCUGGGGAAAGUUGUGAUUAUCUCUCAGCUUCAUUACCAAGUCAUUCCAUUUGCGUUGUGAAGGGUUGACUCAGCUCGGACCAAAACUCCCCACCCUCCCCCAGUGUCUAACAGUGUGUAGUCUCAUGGUCUAAAUGUUGAUCAUAGUCAGUGUUUUACUGUACAGCACAGCACAGUGUAAAUGUUUAGGAGCAGUGUUCUCGUUUUCUAACUCCACCUGUAAACCUCUUACCUGAAGAUCUACUUUUGUACAAUACCUUCUUAUACAUUCCAUUUAUUUUCUAUAGAAGCUUUUAUAAAUACAAUAGUACAACUUCUUUGUCAACAGGAGGCUUUUAAGUUAAUUUAUAUUCCUCUUUAGACAAACUUAAUCUCCCUUUUAAUGCCUUUCAAAUGAGUGCAAAGGAAUCUCCUGUAGUUCGUAUUACGCUUUAUUUAACAGAGUCUAGUCAAGACUGUUUGUAGACCACUUUGGUUUGUCGGGUAUAUGUACCACUGUUUUUUGAUAAAUGUACUUUUAUUGGAAAGUGAAGACGUGGGUAAAUGUAACAACAAGGAAAUCAAUGUGAAAGCAUCGCUCACUUGGUGGAGUGUGUGGAGUUUGAACUGAAGAGUGAUGUGUAUCUUAGGCCAAUCGGUAUCAGUGUGUUUCACAACAACAAAUAGGGUUGCCUUAAACUUGAUUGAGAAUGCAAUGAAACUUCAUAAAUAAAGUGAUUUAAAUUAGG